GUAGCGUUACUAUUGUGUUUUCGAGCGUGAUAACCAACUUAGAGGGCAGUGAGGCCGGAUUGUAAAAUGAUACGCUAGAAACCACGAGAAUCUGAUUUAAGUUCUAGUUGAAAGAUCAAGCUAACAUGCGUAUAAAUGUAUAGCAUAAAGACACAAAGUGAUCAAGAUGAUAUUGCAACAUAUUAAAAAAAAAUUUGUCUCGAAAUGCCUGAAUUAUUUUGAAUAACCUUAAACGACAAAAUUCUAAGACGAGUAAUUUAUAUUUGUAAAGAUAAAACUACAAAAUUUUCAAUUAUAUUACUGAAGAAAAAUCAUGAAUCGUCGCGCUUUGUGUCCAAUUAAUGCGCAGUCACCGUACGAUGAAGUAUCGCAUGAGAUUGACAAUAACAUUUUAACCAUUAAAUUACCUAAAGAUAAACAUCGCGUUCAAACCGUGGAUGAACAACCUGCCGAAUCUAUCAUUCAUGCUAAUUGUCUGGAUAAAUAUGGUAAGAAAUGCAAAAGAGGCUGUCCAAAAAUCAACGUAGUACACAAUCAGGCACUUACACCGAAAAAACCGGAGGAAGAAAUAUUACUACUAAAGACAACAAGACAAAUUACUCUCACCGAUGAUAUGAAGCACAGUCUUGAAGUGGAAUUUAAGUCACCGCGAAAUUAUAUCCCGUUACCGGAAUCAGGACCUACUCCGCCUAUAAUUAUUCCGAAAGAACCUGUUAUCGUGAAGAAACUUGAGGAAAAAGGCAAAAAAAGGAAGUAAAACAAUAAAGAUAAACAUCUAGCAAGACUUUUAAACACUAUCUGUGAGAAAUAUUUUACUUGUGUAAGUAAAGUCUGGAAAGAAAUCCUAAUUUGCAAGAUACAACAAGACCAAUGAUAGACACUUGGAAAAGUAAUUUGUAAAUGUAAUAAAAAAUUCAUUUUAACUACACCUAUUUAGAAUUCUUUAAAUAUAAGUAUGACAAACCAUCAAAUAUAUGGAUCAAUUUAUUCUCUCGAAACUCAUCAUUGUUGAAUAAUUCUCCGAUAAAAUGAUAAACCUCUGUAAACCUUUGUAAAAAAAUGAAAAAAUAGUGUAACAGCGCACAUACAAGAAUAAAGUACAUUAAAGGAAA